AUGAUAAUUGAGGAAUAAAUUGAAGAAAAAAUGAUAUAUAAAGCCAUUCAUCGAGUUAAGGUGAAUUAUCAAAAGAAAAUAGACAGAUACAUUUUGUAUAAGAAGUCUAGAUGGUUUUUCAAUCUACUUUUGAUGUUAUUGUAUGCCUAUAGGAUUUAAAAUAUCGGUGGAUUUUACAUUGUUACAUAUAUAUACUGUGUUUAUCAGUUGCAACUAUUAAUUGACUACUUUACUCCUCUUGGAUUGCCACCAGUUAAUUUGGAAGAUGAGGAGGAAGAUGAUGAUUAAUUCCAAAAUGAUUUUUCGGAAUUGCCAACAACGCUAAGUAAUAAGAAUGAGUUGAAUGAUAAAGAAUUUAGACCAUUGCUCAGAACAACAUCAGAGUUUAAGGUUUGGUAAAAAAGUGUAUUUUCUGUCAUCUUUGCAUAUUUUUGUACUUACAUACCAAUAUGGGAUAUACCUGUAUAUUGGCCCUUUUUAUUCUGCUAUUUCUUUGUUAUCGUUGGAAUGAGUAUACGCAAAUAUAUAAAGCAUAUGAAAAAAUAUGGCUAUACGAUUCUUGAUUUUACAAAAAAAAAGUGA